GCCCCACAGCCCGUCAUGAAAAACGUUCGAUGACAUAAAUGCCCCCGUAUUACGGCGUACCCGGUCCAUCUAGUUUUCACUUCCGAACCCGACAAACACCAAUUUACUCAUUUUCGCCGACGUAAACGGAUCAAAUAUAUUCUGUUUGUGUGUUUGAUUGUGCAAUCAAUUUGGAAAUUAGGGUUCACUCCGUAAUAUCAGAAUAGAAAAAUUCAUUCAAAUAAGCAUGGGGCGGCUGUUCAUAGAGACGCUGAGUGGGCCCAGGAUCUUCAAGUGCAGGUGUUGCAAGGUGGACUUCGCGUCCCAUGACGACAUCGUUUCCAAGGAUUUUCAGGGCCGCCAUGGCAGAGCCUAUCUCUUCAGAAAUGUGGUAAAUAUAUCUCUUGGGCCUAUUGAAGAGCGGCAACUCACGAGCGGAUUGCAUACGGUGAAUGACAUACAUUGUAGCUCUUGCCUACAAAUUCUGGGUUGGAAAUAUGAGAAGGCUUAUGAACCUAGUGAAAAGUAUAAAGAAGGAAUGUUCAUCCUAGAGAAGGAACGAAUGUUGAAGGAGGGCUGGUGAUGCUUGAGCAGUGAACGUUUGCGAAAAAAAAUACAUCUCUUUGCAAUACUAGACACUUUGAAGUAGAUUUUGUAAGUAGAGAUUGGUGAUGCAGACUGCCUCUGGUGCAAAUUUAGGAUUACACCUUUUUGAUUCGGAGCACGGAACAACAAUUAUAGUGUUCUAUUGGUGCCUUAUUCCAAUGAUCUCUUGGAAUUAUGUCAUGGAUUGGCACAUACUGCGGGUUUCAUAUGCUAAUGAUAUUCAAGGAUUUCAUAUUAGUUUCUUAUGUGAAGGCAUGAUGUA